GUUGUGUGGAGUGAUGGAGCUCCAUCCAGUAUCUUUAGCCACUGUUCCACCGCUUGGUGCCAGCUCAGCUCAGCUCAGCUCGACUCUGGUUGCCUUCUUUGUUUUUUCAAUAGGCAAAACUGGUACCUUGCGCUAUUUUUAGUAUCACCACCGUCAAGGUUCUUAGUGAGCUAAGCCGAUACCAAAAGGUGAGGCAGAAAAACUAAAGACUGACCAGGUUACCUUCCCUCUUGCAUCGCCAACCAGAAUCGUCCCGUCGUCUAAUGUAGUAUUUCCCAAAACUUUUUUUUUUUCCUUUUGUCUUGCUGCCAUCAUCCUCUUCUGAACAAAAUUUGUCUCUUUCAGGUCACGGCAGUGUCAUGUAGCAUCGCUAUGAUGUCCAGCUACAAUAAGGUCAUUGUCCAGUCUGAUGGAUUCCCUUGAAGACACCUUCAGGACCCUGUCUAUUGCUAGACGCCUGCAGCCAGAUGACCCUUCCUACAUCCUCGACGUGGCACUGCCACGUAGAACCAGCAGCUCCACUUCUACCCCAGGAUCUGACCUGUUAGCCGCGUGCUGCUCGAACCACACUGUCCGUCUGCACAGCAGAGAGACGUUGCGCAUGUGCGGGGAGUACCAGGGCCACACGGGGGCCGUCUUUGGGGUCCGUUUCUCCUCGUCCUCUUGCGACCUGAUCUACACCGGGUCUGUGGAUGGGACGCUCCGGUGCUGGGACGUCCGGCGACCCGGUUCUGCCCCGGCCCGAGUAUUCCAGAGCGAUCCGGAGCACGCCUACUGCUCCUUCGACGUGAGCUGUAACGACAGGCUGCUCUGCGCAGGUACAGAGCAGGUGGGCGAGGACAGUUUUCUGGUGUUUUGGGACACUCGCAUGGUGGGUGAUGGUGGGACCAAGACUGAAGCCAAGCAGGACCAGUUGCUGGGCGUGUUCUCUGAGUCGCACAGCGAUGACAUCACGACCGUGCGCUUUCACCCAUCUCGAGCAGACAGACUGGCGUCGGGGGCGACUGACGGCCUGGUGAACGUGUUCGAUUUGAGUUUGGGGAAAGAAGACGACGCCCUCGUCACAACCUGUAACUGUGACUCAUCUGCUGGCUCCCUCUGCUGGUCAGGAACAAACCUGGACCGGCUUUUGUGUUUGAGUCAUGAUGAAGGCCUCCACCUGUGGGACUUGUCUCGGCUGGACAGCGACGAUCCCUUGACCCUCCUCAGUUCGCUUGAUGCACGGACCCUCGUCUCGCUCCCCGAAGUGGCUUCACUGGACUACUUUGUGGGCGGGACUUGGUUAGAAGAGGCGGGUCAUCUCCUUAUCAUGGGCGGGUCCCACGAGGGAGAGCUUCACCUGCUGGAGUGCAGCGGGAGUGAACUGAAGCUGAUGACGUCAUUGAAAGGAGGGCAUUCUGCAACAGUGAGGUGUUUCCAGUGGGAUCCUGUCAGCGGGGCUCUGCUGACCGGUGGAGAGGAUGGAGAACUUUUGCAGUGGAAAGCAGGAGCGGAGGAAAUUAGUGUAGGAAAGAAAGGCUCAUUUAAAAGCAUCUCAUCCAUGCAGCUUAAAACGAAGGCACACAGAAAGCAUGUCACCAAACGAGACAAAACACUGACCGCAUGAUGAACCGUGCCAAGACUUUUUUGUAGAUCGCUGGCAUUUUUAACUGUACUUCUCACAUGUACUACAUAAGAUAAAGGGCUGCACAAUAUGGACGAAAAUAUUACUAUCAUGACUAUCGUUGUUGACGGAAUCUCCAAAAUGACAACUUUACACAAGAAGGGAAAAAACUUCUUUACUUUUAAUGUAAGUCAAUGGAACCAGACUUUUUUCCCAAGUCAUUUUGGGCCGU